AUGCUGAAGCGGUGCAUCCAGUUGUUAGGCCUAGCCUGGAAUCCUGAUAGUGGAUCUAAACGAAACAAGCAGUUGACAGGACCUUUCGUGGAUGACAGAUCCGAAGUAAAGGAAGUAGAUGCUGCUUCCAUAUCAUUAGACUUGAGAUGGCACUCGAAGGAUGUAUUUGUGAGGAUAGUUCAUGCAGGCGGUCGAGAGGAGCUGUACCAGAAUGUAGUUCCUGUAUCUCAGUUGAUGGAAAAGUAUCCUGGUAUGUGUGUCGCCCGCCCAGAAGUGUUCAAAAAUCCACAGGAGGCCCUUUUAAGGCCAGAGGAGAGUCUGUUGGUUGGUCAGAAGUAUUAUAUGAUACCAUCUACGACAGCACGCAAAAUUAAGAAAAAACACCAAAAGAAGUUGAUGGCCAAAGAAGCUGCUGAACGCAAAGAGGAGGCUCCGGAUGAGAAGAUCACCCUGGAUUCAGGAGGUUCCGACACAGAUGAUUCUGUUUGCUCCGCUAAAGAAUAUUAUGGCUCCAAGGAAAGAUGGUCAAAAUGCAAACGGAGAAAAAAUUUCAGAGCAAAGAAGCCCUUCGUUCCCCCACUCCCGAGGACAAGCUCAUGUAGAGGAAUAAAUUGGGAGCCAAGUCUCACUUCUGUGCAAGAGCUUUCUCCGUGACUUUCUGUAUGCUGUUAACCUGGUGUUCGGAUUCUGGUACGAGGUUGUAUUGCUACUGCAAGUAUGUUGUCAGUUCCAUGAAAAUUCUGAGAGAGAUGUGUUGAAAAAUUUAUACACCGUAAUAAGUAGUGUACCGUUUUUCCUGCAAUAUAUUCUAUCUUCUAGAUCA